AUGAAUCGGAAGUUUUUAUCUGCUGCAAAUUCUGAGACUACAAACUCAACCAUCUCCCGAGAGGCCAGCACCCAGUCCUCAUCAGCCACCACCAGCCAAGGCUAUGUUUUACCAGAAGGCAAAAUCAUGCCAAACACCGUUUUUGUUGGUGGAAUUGAUGUUAGGAUGGAUGAAACUGAAAUCAGAAGUUUCUUUGCUAGAUAUGGUUCAGUAAAAGAAGUGAAGAUAAUCACGGAUCGAACUGGUGUGUCCAAAGGCUAUGGAUUUGUUUCAUUUUACAAUGACGUGGAUGUGCAGAAGAUAGUAGAAUCACAGAUAAAUUUCCAUGGUAAAAAGCUGAAACUGGGCCCUGCAAUCAGGAAACAAAAUUUAUGUGCUUAUCAUGUGCAGCCACGUCCUUUGAUUUUUAAUCCUCCUCCUCCACCACAGUUUCAGAGUGUUUGGAGUAAUCCAAACACCGAAACUUACAUGCAGCCUCCAACCAUGAUGAAUCCUAUAACUCAGUAUGUUCAGGCAUAUCCUCCUUAUCCAAGUUCACCAGUUCAGGUUAUUACUGGAUAUCAGCUGCCUGUUUAUAAUUAUCAGAUGCCACCGCAGUGGCCUGCUGGGGAACAAAGGAGUUAUGUUAUACCUCCGGCCUAUACAGCUGUUAACUACCAUUGUAAUGAAGUUGAUCCAGGAGCUGAAGUUUUGCCAAAUGAAUGCUCAGUUCAUGAAGCUACUCCAUCCUCUGGAAAUGGCCCACAAAAGAAAUCUGUGGACCGAAGUAUACAGACAGUGGUAUCUUGUCUAUUUAAUCCAGAGAAUAGACUGAGAAACUCUCUUGUUACUCAAGAUGACUACUUCAAGGAUAAAAGAGUGCAUCACUUUAGAAGAAGUCGGGCAGUGCUUAAAUCUGUUUGAUCUUCUCUGCUAACUUUCUAGUCUCAGGGGAAGGUUGCUGGUUUUGAAUAUUAAGAAGAGACUGGAAGUUGUUCACUACUAUAGAAAUUUAAUUCUAAAUUGCACUCAGACUUUCUAUAUAAGUUAUGUUAGAUUAGUUGUACUUUACAUUGAAACUGUUCUUUAUUAGGUGUUUAUUUAGAAAUUGGUUCUUUGUUCAGUAUAUAGUU